UUUGCUGGGUAUUUGUCAUGGCUCUCUUUCUUAACUGACCUUCUCUCUGUUCUUCCCAUGCCACAAAUUUUAGUAGUAGUGCUUUUCUUCAAAAUGAAAGGGCCGGAAUAUUUGGAACACAGGAAGGUUUUGAACAUUUUUCUUCUCAUUCAGUAUUUGCCGAGGAUUUUUCGAAUUAUCUUAUCAUCCAAGAAACUUAUAAAGACAACUGGAAUACGAGUCAAAGCCAUAUUCAAUUUUUUUUUGUACAUUCUUGCCAGCCAUGUACUUGGAGCCUUUUGGUAUUUCUUUUCCGUUCAACGAGAGACAUCAUGUUGGCACCGAGCUUGUGAAAGAAAUAGUACUACAGAUCUAGAUUAUACAGGAUGCAUGAGUACCUUUUAUUGUGAUGAUCGCAGUACUACUUUAAGAAAUAUUACAUUUUUCAAUGAACAUUGUGGUGUAGAAUUUCCAGGGGACACUAAGCCGCCAUUUAAUUAUGGAAUAUUUCUUGAUUCCCUUAAGAAUGAUGGUAACACGGGGGAUAUAAAUUUUCCAACCAAGUUAUGCUUCUCUUUUUGGUGGGGCUUGAGAAAUCUAAGCAACUUUGGCACGAAUCUCACAAGAAGUAAUUAUGUGUGGGAAAAUUUCUUUGCAAUCCUUAUUUCUAUCACUGGUGUGCUACUAUUUGUAUAUCUCAUUGGAAAUGUGCAGACAUUCAUUCAGUUGACAACCACAAAAUCGGAGGACAUAAGGCAAAAGAUUAAAAUAAAAGAGCAAGUGUUAGAAACAUGGAUGGAGAAAAAUCAUGUUCCUGAAGAUUUGAAGAAAGAAAUCAUGAAAAACAUACAUCAAAAAUUGGAAAAAGACAAAGAUGCCGAUCUGGAGAAUCUAUUCGAUGUUCUUCCCUGGUAUACCAAAAAAAUUCUGAAGCGUCAUCUUUGCUGGGAUAUUCUAUCACAAGUACAAUUCCUUAAGGUUAUGGAUGAAAAAGUGCUGAAAAUGAUUUGCGACUAUGCGACGCCAGUGACAUUCCCCGAAGAUAAAAUCAUAUUUCAAAUGCGGCACCCAGUUGAUCGCAUGCUCUUCAUUAUAGAAGGCACUGUCUUGACCUACAGCACAACUUCUGAUCCUGGUCGUACACAUGGUGGAAAAACGACGACAAAUAACGGUGCCUCCCCAUCAAUUGCCACCAAGCAACUUGGGAGAGGGCAGAUUUAUGGAGAAGAGCUUCUGACGUGGGCAUCGCCCAACAAAUCUAGGGUUGACAAGCUUCCUACCUCCACCGAAAUUGUGAAAUGUCAUACAAAAGUAGAAGGCUUUGCUCUCUCAGCCAAGGACUUGAUAAGUGUAGCCUCCAAAUGCCGACGCUGGUGGAACUUAAACAAUGACCCUUGAUUGAUCUCCCACCUUCUACACCCAACUCCACCCAAAAACAAUCAUCUGUUAAAUGCUACUUCUUGUACUAUAUGCAUAAAGGUUGUAUCGUUCUUAUGUCUAAAA